AGCAUCACUGACAGCAGGCGGAGGAGGAGGAGACGCCGGGCCAGCAGCAGCAGUACUGACAGGAGCAGAUCACCCGCAGACAGGAGAGAAGAUGUCGGGACAGACGCUGACAGACCGCAUCGCAGCCGCACAGUACAGUGUGACGGGCUCGGCCGUGGCCCGGGCAGUAUGCAAGGCGACCACUCAUGAGGUGAUGGGGCCCAAGAAAAAGCACCUUGACUAUUUAAUGCAAGCUACCAAUGAGACAAAUGUGAACAUCCCUCAAAUGGCAGACACAUUGUUUGAACGAGCUACAAAUAGCAGCUGGGUGGUUGUGUUUAAAGCCUUAGUCACAACUCAUCAUCUUAUGGUCCACGGUAAUGAGAGAUUCAUUCAGUAUUUGGCAUCCCGGAACACACUAUUUAACCUUAGCAAUUUUUUGGACAAAAGUGGAUCACAUGGUUAUGACAUGUCAACAUUUAUUAGGCGCUACAGUAGAUAUCUCAAUGAAAAAGCCUUCUCCUACCGACAAAUGGCAUUUGACUUCGCCAGGGUAAAGAAGGGAGCUGAAGGAGUAAUGAGGACAAUGGUGCCAGAAAAGCUGCUGAAGGGAAUGCCAAUACUACAGCAACAGAUCGAUGCUCUGCUUGAGUUUGAUGUUCAUCCAAAUGAACUGACAAAUGGUGUUAUAAAUGCUGCUUUUAUGCUUCUUUUUAAAGAUCUUAUCAAGUUGUUCGCUUGUUAUAAUGAUGGAAUAAUUAAUUUAUUGGAGAAAUUUUUUGAAAUGAAGAAAGGUCAAUGCAAAGAUGCACUAGAAAUUUAUAAGCGAUUCCUGACCAGAAUGACCAGAGUUUCUGAGUUUAUGAAAGUCGCAGAGCAAGUCGGUAUUGACAAAGGAGAUAUCCCUGACCUUACCCAGGAUGGUAUCGUCGAAGAGCCGGCGCCAAGCAGCCUUAUGGAAACCUUGGAGCAACAUUUAAAUACCCUGGAAGGGAAGAAAGGCGGCAGUGAAGGUUCAGGAUCUCCACUGGGCAAGUCUUCCCCUGCUACUACGGUUACAUCUCCAAACACUACCCCAUCAAAGAGUGUAGAUACCUCUCCACCUGUCGACCUUUUUACAACUGCAAGUGCAGCAUCUGCCAUAUGUUCAACUAAACCUUCCAGUGAUCUCCUGGAUCUGCAGCCAGACUUCACCUCAUCUGGUCAGUCUGCUCCUGCUGCUCCUGCAGGAGCAAGUGCAUGGGGAGAUCUUUUGGGCGAGGACUCUCUCUCUGUGCCUUCUACUUCUGCUAUCUCAGAGACUCCUCAGCUCUCUGACCCGUUUUCUGCUGAGCCCAGUGCCCUUAUUGCUGCUUCCACUGAAACUACCGCACCUUCAGCAUCUCCUGUACCUGCCACAAUUAGUACUGCCAGUGCUGAGGUGGAUCUCUUUGGAGAUGCCUUUGCUGCUUCUCCCGGUGAAGCACCUGCAACACUAGAAGGGGCUGCAGCACCACCUACCCCUACCCCUGUUGCAGCGGCUCUUGAUGCAUGCUCUGGAAACGACCCCUUUGCCCCAUCCGAAGGUAGUGCAGAAGCUGCUCCUGAACUGGAUCUUUUUGCUUUGAAGCCACCUGAAGGCAGCACUCCUGUAGUUACCCCUACGACUAGUGCAGCUGCUGCUAGUGCUGCUCUGGCAACUACUCCUUCUCCUCCUCCUCCUAUUCCUGCUGCAGCAGUUGCUGCGACUACUACUACCACCACUACCACUGCUGCCACUACAUCUGCCAGCACUACCACAACAACAACUGCUCCUCCUGCUCUAGAUAUCUUUGGUGAUUUAUUUGAGUCUGUUUCGGAAGUGGCUGCUGCUCCUAAGCCAGAAGUUACACCUAGCAUAGACCUGUUCGGUACAGAUGCUUUCUCAUCCCCACCGCAUGGGGCUUCUCCAGUGCCUGAGACUUCCCUCACUGGAGAUCUCUUGUCUGUGGACACAUUUGCAGCUCCAACCCCUGUGUCCACCGCUUCUCCUGCCAAGGUGGAGUCAUCCGCUGUGCUGGACUUAUUUGGAGAUGCAUUUGGAAGUGUAACUGAGCCACAGCCCGCAACCUUGGCACCUACUAAUUCGUCAGCUUCAGCGGAUUUGCUGGCUGGAUUCGGCGGUAGCUUUAUGGCACCAUCUCCUACACCGAUUACCCCAGCACAGAAUACCAUCAUUCAGCCCAACUUUGAUGCAGCCUUUGGAGCCAGUCAGCCUGCCACUUCCCCUGCCCUAGCUUCUGCUGCUGCUGCAACUACUACAGCUGGCAGCACGUUUGAUGCCUCAGUAUUUGAUGGAUUAGGAGAUCUGCUUAUUCCAACCAUGACCCCCACAUCACAGGCAUCCUCUACCCUCACAUCAGGAAACAACGCUAGUGGCUCAGGCAAAGCUGUGGGAAGUGACCUUGAUACCUCUCUUGCAAGCUUAGUAGGCAAUCUUGGCAUUUCUGGCACUACUGUUAAAAAGGGAGACCUUCAGUGGAAUGCUGGGGAGAAGAAGCUGACGGGAGGUGCCAACUGGCAACCAAAGGUAGCUCCGGCCACAUGGGCAUCCGGUGGUUCAUCAGCUGCUCCUAUGCAAGGAGGUGUUUCCCCUGCAAGUGCGGGAUCCCCAGCAGCAAGUGCUGCUCCAGGUGCACAGCCUGCAGCAGGAUUCAGUUUACCUUCAUCUGGAACGGGCGUACCUAUGAUGCCCCAGCAGCCAAUGAUGUAUGCCCAACCUAUGAUAAGGCCGUCAUUCGGUGGAGCUUCUGUUCCUGGUGCCCCACUAUCUCCUAGUAUGACACUUGCUUCACAGAGCCCCAAAAAACCACCAACAAAAGAUCCAUUAGCAGAUCUCAACAUCAAGGACUUCUUGUAAAUCUGUAUGAUGCUGUUUUGUGAUAUAACAAUGUGUGUCUGGAGCCUUUGAAGAACAGAUUGCUGCUCUGAGUUUCUAAGUGAGCCACCAGUACCAAACCCAGUGCUUAGAUUUCUCUCUUCUGAAAUGUGUAGCACAGCUGUGAAAGUAAACAUUAGACUUGUGUAUUACCCUAGCAGUCACCCGCUACUAUAUAUCAUGUUUUUUCUUUUUGUGUAUUUGGGUUAUCUGUGUUACACAGUUUUUCAUGAGUGGAUGUAACUUCUCCAUGCCCUAUGGCUUCUCUGGUCCUCUCAAGCCGGGCGAUGAACCUGCAUCUGUUGUGUGCUGAGCAGUCUGGAACGACGUGUCUGUGGUUUUUGAACGUUUCAAUGUAUAUAAUGUUUGGACAUCCCCUGUUUCUUCAAUCAAUCAAAUAUGAAAUAUUGUGUGAUGACACCAGAAAACACUCCAAUACAACCCUUUUGUUUUGUUUGUGUGUGCGUGAGAACUGCCCACAGGACUAUUAAUUGUGAAACAAACUAUUUGUUUUUGUGGUACUUUAUAUGUUUAAAAUUAUUUGUAAGUGAAAGGAAUAUGAAAGAAAAAUCUUCCUCCACGUAUUAUGCACUUCUAUAGAGACAAAUCAUAUCAAGUAUAUCAUUUUUGCUUUUUUUGUUUUAAAAUAUAAUAUAUAUUAUAGUUCUAUUUUUCAUUUUUGGCAUCAAAGCUAGCAGAUUGGUCCAUUUUGCAGAAUGCACUAAAAUAAGUUCAUUUUCGUUGCAGCAGGGCUACUAGAUUACGUGGAGUGAUUGUCAAAGCAUUCAAAUUAAUAUAUUUUUUUUAAUAAGUUUUAUUGUACAUUCUGUUCUUUUGUGUUUGUUUUAGCAUUUGUUUAUUGUUUUUCUUUGAGUUCACUGUGAGUAGUUUUUGUACUGUUUGUGACUGAAGUUUAUGCAGAUCAGCAAGGUCUGGCCUUUCUUGUACAUAUUGUGCACGUUUAAUUUCCUGUUCACACACUCAUCCCGUCUUGUGCUGACGGCUCGGCUUAAGGUUUUGGUCCAUACAAAUAAGGUCACUGUUGAUCAGUGUUACAAGUGGCUUGGCAGCUGUUUGUAGAAAUGUGUUGGAAAGAGAUGAUGUUCACCUGUUGUAAGUCUCUCAAUUUAAUUAUUUAAUCGAUGGUUGUAUCUGAAUUUACUGUGGGGAUAACAUACUCUAAAUGGGGAUAAAAGUAUUUAAAAUCAAUUUAAAAAUGGCUUUCCUUUGUAUCUUGGUUUAAAGACCCAGUGCAUGUAUGCCCAGUGAGAUGCAAUAAACACCUUGAACAGAAGCAAAUGCAAACAAA